UGAGCAUUUACUCUCUUGGCCUAAACGCUUUAAAUAUUAACGCUGAUCUUCUUCUACAAAACCCACCAAUUUGUGCCUUCUUCUUCUCUAUUGCCCAAAGCAACCAAAUAAAAGUAGAUCUAAUUUGUUUAUUAGUUUCAGUGAUCGAUCUUCUUCAUUAUAAACAUGGAGGUGACCAUUUUUUCAAGAGAAAUUAUCAAACCUUCUAGCUCAAAUCUCCACCUUCUAAAACCCCACAAACUCUCUCUUUUCGACCAACUCACUCCCAUAACUUACCCGGAAGUUCUUCUCUUCUACCCCAUUACCGAUCCCAAUAACUUCAAUCUCUCAGAAACUUUGAUAAACUUUAAGAAAUCCUUAUCAGAAACCCUAACUCUAUUCUACCCAUUUUCAGGAAGGACCAAAAGCAACCUCUACAUCGCCGAUUUCGACGCCGGAGUUCCUUACUUGGAAGCCAGAGUAAACUGCCGAAUGUCUGAGUAUUUGGAGCUAAAAAAGGAAACGGAAUCUCUCAACAAGUUCGUCCCUUUUCAUCCCUUUUGCAAGGAGAAAGAUGAAGUCACAAAUCCUCAGAUUUCCAUUCAAGUGAACGUCUUUUCUUGCGGUGGAAUAGCGCUCGGAACUUCCGUGUGCCACAAGAAAUCCGACGGAGCAACUCUCAGCCAUUUUCUCAGCACUUGGGCCGCCAUUUUCGCCGACUCUCGCAACAAAAUAAUACCUCCGGAUCACUCCAAACCCGCGACGUUAUUCCCGCCAUUGAAGUACCUUCCUCAGAAUGCUCUCUCUCUCAUGGACCAGUUAUGGUUCAAGAAGAGCAACUACGUCACGAGGAGAUUCUCCUUCGACGCGAAAGCAAUCGACACCUUAGUAGCGCUGGCGAGGAGCGACAAGGUCCCGUCCCCGUCGCGGAACGAGGCCGUCUCGUGCUUCAUAUGGAAGCACGCGAUGUCGGCCUCGUGGGCGAUCUCGGGCUCGCCGAGGACCUCCAUCGCGGCCCAUGCGGUUAAUAUGAGGCCGCGGAUGAAGUCCCGGUCGCUCGAGAAUUGCACCGGAAACCUCUUCUGGUGGGCCGCGGUCGCCACCAACCCGGCCGCGGAGACCGAGACCGGGCUGCGGGAGCUCGUGUCCUUGACAAAGGAGAUAAUGAAUGAGUUUGACGAAGAGUACUUGGAGACGAUGGUUGGCGAAGACGGGUUUGAGCCGGUUUCGGAGUUUGUAAACCAGCUCGAAGCCAUGCUCUCUUUGGAAUCGGAGAAGCCGGACAUUUUCGCCUUCACGAAUUGGAAGUGUUUCUUUAAUGAGAUUGAUUUCGGUUGGGGAAAGCCGGUUUGGGUUAGCGCCCAUGGGAAAGUCGGGGCUGAGUUUAGGAAUCUUAUUGUGUUGGUCGACAAGCAAGGAAGUAAAGAGAUUGAAGCGUUUUUGACCUUGGAAGAACAGCAAAUGGCGGUUUUGGAAAGUGAUUCCAAGUUCUUGGCUUUUGCUUCUCCCGUAAUAAAUAAUUCGAGAUUGUGAUGGUUUAUCCGUACGUGCAUGCACUUUUUGAUAUUACCGGUAUUCUAUAAAAUAUUAUUCCUGCAUUGUAUACUGUUGAAGAUAGUGAUGUCAUCUGAAAGAGAAUUAAG